GUGAGACCCGAGCGGGUGUGAUUAGUAUGAUUGCAUGCACCCUCUCGUUCACCAUUUCUUCUCUCCCUCCAUCCAUAUAUAAUCUUUCAUACUGCAUCUCGUCUCCCACUUUGCCGUUCCAUAAGACCCUGAAGAAGACUCCUUUCUCUCUUCACACCAACAAGAAGGAACAGGGGUUAAUUAUUUGUGUGAGGAAAUGGCUGAUAGGGGCCAGCAACCGUCUGUCAUGCAAAAGAUGGCCGGCCAGGUCCAUCUCAGUUCUAGCUUUCCCCAAGGUUUUCGGAGACCUGCUUUACACCGAAGGCAGUUUGCAAAUGGAAACUAUUCCAAUGCGGGAUUCCAGUAUGCCAUGACAAGGCCAUGCCAGUCUAGCCUUGACAUCUCAUUGGUUGCAUCAUCUACUGCAACGGUAUUUGUCCAAGCCCCGUCUGAGAAAGGCUUGGCUGGCUUUGCUGUUGAUUUUCUUAUGGGCGGUGUUUCUGCUGCCGUGUCAAAAACUGCUGCAGCUCCCAUUGAGCGUGUGAAGCUCUUGAUCCAAAACCAGGAUGAAAUGAUCAAGGCUGGUCGACUCUCUGAACCAUACAAGGGAAUUGGAGAAUGUUUCAGCCGAACAAUAAAAGAUGAGGGGACGAUGUCUUUGUGGAGAGGGAACACUGCUAAUGUCAUCCGUUACUUCCCUACUCAGGCCCUGAAUUUUGCAUUCAAAGAUUACUUUAAGAGGCUUUUCAACUUCAAGAAGGACCGUGAUGGCUAUUGGAAGUGUUUCGCUGGAAACCUGGCAUCUGGUGGUGCUGCUGGUGCCUCGUCACUACUCUUUGUUUAUUCUUUGGAUUAUGCCCGAACACGUCUUGCAAAUGAUGCCAAGGCUGGAAAGAAGGGAGGGGAGAGGCAAUUCAAUGGUUUGGUUGAUGUCUACAGGAAGACACUAAAAUCAGAUGGCGUUGCUGGGAUUUAUCGUGGAUUUAACAUUUCAUGUGUUGGUAUUAUUGUGUACCGUGGUCUGUAUUUUGGAUUGUAUGAUUCUUUGAAGCCGGUCGUCCUGACUGGAAAGCUGCAGGAUAGUUUCUUUGCUAGCUUUGCUGUUGGCUGGGUCAUCACUAAUGGUGCUAGUCUUGCAUCCUAUCCAAUUGACACUGUCCGCAGAAGAAUGAUGAUGACAUCUGGUGAAGCUGUCAAGUACAAGAGCUCCCUCGAUGCAUUCUCCCAGAUCCUUAAGAACGAGGGUGCUAAAUCCCUGUUCAAGGGUGCUGGUGCAAACAUCCUCCGUGCUGUUGCUGGUGCUGGUGUGCUUGCCGGAUAUGACAAGCUUCAGGUGAUUGUCUUGGGAAAGAAGUACGGUUCCGGGGGGCCUAAUUAAGUCUCAUUCUUCUUCACCCCAUACAAUCAUCAAAGAUGGUGACGAAAUUCUUGGAGUUCCAUUCCAGAAUUUAUUCUGGAUAAUUCUUUAGACUCAUUUGGAUUAACUUUUUUCAGCUUCAGGAUUUCCAUUGCUGUAGUCUUGUCUUUUAGGAAUUGUUGCGAUUGCACUACAUUGAUUUUGAACACAUCAAAACUAUAAAUUAUCCUUCUCGUUUUAUCA